AUGGCAGAGGAAGGAGGCAGCAUGCUGCCGGGAGAGACGUUUGAAACUCCGGAGAAAUCAGAGUAUCUCGGGUUUUCCAAGGAGAGCCCAGCAGAGGCUAACAUUGUGGAUCAAGAGUUGGAGAAGAAGAAUGUGAAGCCACAGCUGAAGCUCAAGAUGCGUGGUGAUCAUGCAGGUGGAAAGCUAAAUGAAACCAUACAGCAUUGCUCGUACCUCGCUCACACCAUCACUGUCUUGUGUCUGGCAAGCUGUUUCUUUCUAAUCGCCACAAGGGAGUACAGGCUUCAUAUGGGGGUCACCCAGCUUGAGACGGAGGAGUGUAAGCUCCCGGGCAACGUUGAAGUCCUCAGAAGCAUCGGAUGUUUGUUUGCAGUGGCAGCCUUCUUUCAGCUGCUUCGUUAUCUUCGCAGCCAUUUGGUUAUCAAGGAGUUGGUUCAUGAUGCUCCUCUGACAUUCAGUCCCACCUUGGACGUCGCGAUCUUUAUCUCAUGGUAUGCGGUUGAAGGAUUCAUUUUGAUGCCUGUCAAUCCUCCGUUCUCAAACUACGAGAUUGAUGGGAACGUUCGACCUGAUGGAAUGCAGUCGAGAUAUCAUGCAGAUUGCCCGGAUCAUGGGCCUCCAAUCUUCUCUCCCUUCUUCCGACGAGUUUGUCAGCCGGAACUGCCUGUCAACGCCCAGCUGACAGGGAGUGACUUCUACUUCUUCUGGUAUGGAGGGAAGGGUUUGGCGUCAAGAGGGUUUAACGUCAAGGCGAUCAGGGACAGUGUGAGGACAGUGGCACUUGCUUUCUUUGGGAUGUUGAACGAACAAUCGUAUGCUCAAUCUCACUUUGGACAGAUCGUGUUGGUGUUAACUGCUCUGCUGGGAACUGUGUGGGCAAUCUUCUUGUUCAUCGCCCUGCUCAACAGCUGGUGGAAGUUUCAGAGGCACCAUGACAACUCCGAACUUCUUCGUCACAGCAGCGGAAAACUUUUCCCCUCGCUCCCAUCAGAGGACGCAUCCAUGAAACAGCGCAGAGUCAUGUUCGAACGCACGUGCGCGAUCCGAGCUCCAUCCGUGCUGGAGAAGUUUCUUCAGCUUGCCGAGCUGGUGAGGAUGAACCAGUCGAUCCGAUCCUUCAGGAGGUUGAGAAUGGAGACGAUGAGAGCUGCUGCUGCUCUCAGGCCUGUCGAUCGCCUGGUCUCGUCGCUGGAUGUUGACAACAAACUCCAACACACAAGAAGCAUCAAGACCGUCAAUCAAGCUCAACAGAUUUACUCUGAGAGUGCAGUGAAGAUCUCAGGGCUUGAGCAGCGAUCACUCAACGCAGUCGAGAGCCAAGAGGCCCUUGCGCAGAGCCUUGAGAAAGUCAGUUCACAAGUCCUCACAAUCCACAGCACAGUCUCCACGAGGUUCAACGCGAUAGAGGAGAUGAUCGAGGAAGUAGGAAGGUCGACAGUGAGCUAUCACUCGACAGAAUUCUUCCAGGACGAUGCCAUCACGGAUCACAUCGAGCAGAGCUCAUCCAAGAGUCCAGUCGCCAGCAACACGUCCGAAACCUCUCACAGAAGGCAAGCGAACAAAACAGAGUCAAACCAGCCGCCCACCGAUACAUCCGACGUCAACUCCUCGCUCGCUUCUCCUCCACAACGAGGAAUGCUGGCGAGGUUGAAAGCAAAGAGCUCGAACAUGUCGAGCACACGAUGA